AUGGAAGAGUUCUUCCAGUACAUUGGACCGGACAACGGCGCUGUCCUAUCGUCGACGCUACUGAAUCAAAACCGUCUGUUCGUCUACUCGACGCCCAGUGAAGCGCAGAUCAAUCGCUGCGUCCAUUUGCCCGUCGGCUCGUACUUUGCGUGCUCCACUGUCCUCUACUACGACGACAAUGUGUGGCUGAAAAUCCGUCGUGGCUGCUUUUCCAACACGCAGCAUAAUGGAUACAUUCGUGUACACUUUGCGUUCCCAACGACGACAGGAGGUCUGCUCGAUGGCAGUGACCUGCCGUCCCGUCAGUAUGCUGCAGUGGUCGAAGCACAGCCAGCACCGUUUCGGUACAUGCGCCGACUUCCAGCAUUUCCGACGUACAUGUGUGCGCGUGACCGGCUAAUGCUGUAUCGCGAGCCAGUGUUUACGCUCCAUUCAACGUCCAUGUCGUCAGCAUCCUCCCGCGGUGCUGCUGGCGGAAAUGCCGAUCGGGCUACGACGCUGCGUCCAAUGCAGCGUUAUAUGCCGCCCGUGAGCGUGUUUCGAGCUACUGAGUGCCGAUUCAAUGACGACUUUACGCAAUUGGCCAUCAAGGUGACGAUGGCAGGUGCUGCCGGCGUCGGUGGGUGGAUCAAUGCGUCGUUCCACAAGACACUGAUUGAGGUGGAAGAUCCGAGCACGUGCGGGUUUUUUCGUCAUGGACCUGUGUACCUGCAGAACGUGGCCGGACGAAGCGGCAAGUGGGCAGGAGAACUGCCAGUUCGAGCAAUUCCGAAUCUCCAAGCGCCACAGAUGUACAGUAUCGAGAGCUACCGCGUGGUGCGUGCGAUUGAGCGCAAGUUGCUAAAAGACCGCGUGUGGGUACGGAUUGAGCCGCUCAAAGCGCAGCAGGAGCUGCAAGGUGGUGUUGACGGAAAGAGCGAGAACAGCGAUGGAUGUACAGCAGAACAAGGCAAUCACGAAGAAGAAGGGCAGGCUAGUAGCGAUACAGCAGUAGUUGCAGGGCCGGAUGCGUGGGUCAUCGAGCGCAAUGCAAACACUGCUCAGAGAGUGAUGGCGCCAUGGGGAAGUACACGUAUCCGGAAUGCGCCGGCUGACGACGAUGUUGAGAGGUACUACCGCACUGUGUACAGUCGUCGGCCACUUCCUUUGCGUCGCACUGCGGAUCUGCAAGCUGACAUCGUUGGUCAUCUUGAACCGGGGUCUGUGUUUGCUUCCACUCAGCGCGUUCUCAAUGAAAAGGGACGCAUGUGGAUUCGAGUAGUUUUGCCUCGAAACCGACCUGUCCAUUCCAGCAAAAGAGUCGGUAACGACGUUGAUGAGAACGAUGCAAAUCGUGAGAACGAUGCCGCGGAGUCCACACGGAAAGAAGACGAUCUCCAAGACGUUGGCCAAACCGUUCAGUACGGCUAUGCGAUCCAAUCGAACGCGAAGACAAACACGUGUAUGGUCCAGGAAAUUCCUCCGCCGGGAAAGAUGACUCCGAAGCAGUACUAUCAGAUAUUCAUGUCACCGGACGACACACAAGCACAGAUGUCGAGCCCGAGCCACGAUGAAGAAGCAGCGGGAUGUGCGCCAGAAAACACGUUGACAGCUCGCGCUGAGGCUUCGAGCUCUGCAAAAGAGCUAUUUCAUGUUAAGAAUGGUGCCAUUCUGUCUGCCAUUGGCGCUGUGUUCAGCGCUGAAGAGGGCCGAAUGUGGCUGCAAGUGUUAGCUACGGAAUUGGAUCCAGCGAUGAAAGUGAAGCUUCGACGGGCGCUCUCGGACGUGGAGCAAAACAUGAACGUGGUAUAUCUUCCAAUGUGCGAUCCGAGUCGAAAUGCUCACGAGUGUGUUCUUAUGCCGAUCCAUCGUGAGCUAACUAGGAUCGACAAUCCCGUCAAUGCUGAGAAAGACGGCUCGCAGUCUCCAUCGCGGGUCGUGUUUAGUGGUCGCGCAUCGAAGCUUUUUGGCUCCCAUUUGCUGCGCCCGUCUACGAUUGACCUGCCGUCAGCAUUUCAUGCGAAACCCAGCAAUUGCGAAUCGCUGAGUAGCGGUAUCACGGCCCAUGAUCCAACUAUAGGUGAGACCGACCGUGCGCAAAGUUUGAAAGAAGAGAUCACCGCGUGGCAACUGCAGACUGGCAAUCGCAUGACUCAGCUGUACACACAAGUUGGAUCAUUGGCCGGCUACACGAUAAGUUGUGUGGCUCGCCCGUUCGCUUCGUGCUUGGCGCAUCAGGAAGCAAAACGUCGGUAUCAAGAAUUGGAACAGGAUGGGGAGGAGGAGGGCAUGGAGGAGUAUGCGCUCGAAGACGAAGGCGAUGAUUUGGAGAUGUGA